CAUUCAAUUUUGUUUCUGCACAACAAAUACCAACAAAUCUUUCCAUUUCAUGUUUAGGAGAACUUACUAAACUUUUUGUAAGUUCAGACCUCAACAGUUGCGCUUCAUUUAUCAAGUUAACACAAUUGCUAAAUGCAACUAACCCAACACCAGUCUUAGAUAGUUAUUGUUCCGCUCCCAAAUGCAGUGACAAUACCACUUCUGCUUAUGCUACUGAACUUAAAAGUCAGUGCGCAACAGAUCUUACCGCAAAUGAUCCUACCGUUUAUACGAUAAAACAAUCUCUUGUUUUCAAUUCUCCGCUAAAGGAUUCCCUGUGCUUUAAGAACUCUUCUGGAGGAUAUUGUGACUUGGAUUUAAAUAGUGCUUCGAUAUUAAUUUACAUUAGUGGAUUGAGUGUUACUCCUCCCACUAUUAUUAAUUGUACCGAUUGUAAUAAAGCUAUUUUAAACACUUUUGUGAAUUACUUUAAAGCUCAUCCUGAAUCCUUGACCGAAUUAUCAACUAAUACGACACAAUUUCAAAAUACGGUUACAACAAAAUGCGGUGCUUCUUUCUUAGGAUUAUAUUGA